AUGAAGGCCAGAAAGUCCUAUAAGAUCAUCAAUUUUGCUCCAAGUCUGCUGCAAAUCAUAGUAUCAGAUCAAGUUGAAUUUCCAGUGCGUCAAGCAGCUGCCAUUUACCUGAAGAACAUGGUGACACAGUACUGGCCGGACCGUGAACCACCUCCUGGAGAAGCAGUAUUUCCAUUCAACAUUCAUGAAAAUGAUCGUCAACAGAUUCGUGAUAACAUUGUAGAAGGAAUAAUUCGUUCUCCUGACUUAGUGAGAGCACAGCUGACAAUGUGUCUCCGUGCUAUCAUUAAACAUGACUUUCCUGGCCAUUGGACAGCCGUGGUAGACAAGAUAGGCUACUACUUGCAGUCUCAGAACAGUGGGAGUUGGCUUGGGAGCCUCCUGUGCCUUUAUCAGCUGGUGAAGACUUACGAAUACAAAAAAGCAGAGGAGCGAGAUCCUCUCAUAGCAGCAAUGCAAAUAUUUUUGCCUCGGAUUCAGCAACAGAUGAUCCAGCUUCUGCCUGAUAACUCCCAUUACUCUGUGCUGCUUCAGAAACAAAUCUUAAAAAUCUUCUAUGCUCUUGUUCAGUAUGCGUUGCCGCUCCAGUUGGUAAAUAACCAGACUAUGACUCAAUGGAUGGAGAUCUUCCGUACUAUCAUUGAUAGAAAUGUACCUCCAGAGACUUUGCAAAUUGAUGAAGAUGAUAGACCGGAGCUGGUGUGGUGGAAAUGCAAGAAGUGGGCAUUGCAUAUUGUAGCUCGUCUUUUUGAACGGUAUGGAAGUCCUGGAAAUGUAACUAAAGAAUACUUUGAAUUCUCAGAAUUUUUUUUAAAAACCUACGCUGUGGGCAUACAACAGGUUCUCUUAAGAAUCUUAGACCAAUACAGGCAAAAAGACUAUGUUGCACCACGCGUUCUUCAGCAAACGCUAAAUUAUCUGAACCAAGGGGUUGUUCACUCUGUAACAUGGAAGCAAAUGAAGCCACACAUACAGAGUAUAACAGAAGAAGUGAUAUUCUCUCUGAUGUGCUACAAAGAUGAGGAUGAAGAGCUCUGGCAAGAGGAUCCAUAUGAAUAUAUCCGCAUGAAAUUUG